CCAACAAAUUGACUGUGUUAAGAAGAAUAUUGUAAAUAGUUUAAAUCUUGAAGUCUAUGAGUAAACGUUUGUUUACUUUCGGUAAAGAACCACUUAGAUUCAAUUAAGCAAACUGUUGGGUUUUAGUUGAUAUUAUGUCAGUAACACUGCACACAGACGUCGGCGACAUCAAAAUAGAACUAUUCUGUGACGAUUGUCCAAAGACGUGCGAAAAUUUUUUGGCGCUGUGCGCAAGUGACUAUUACAAUGGUUCGCUAUUCCAUCGGAACAUAAAAGGGUUUAUUGUCCAAACUGGAGAUCCAACCGGCACCGGAAAAGGAGGACAAUCAAUAUGGGGACGCAAGUUUGAAGAUGAAUUCAAGGAAACAUUGAAACAUCAUGAACGCGGCAUGGUGUCAAUGGCGAAUAAUGGACCGAAUACAAAUGCGAGUCAGUUCUUUAUCACGUACGCCGCACAGCCGCAUUUAGAUCUCAAAUAUACAUUGUUCGGACGAGUGAUUGAUGGUUUCGAUGCAAUAGAUGAAUUGGAAAAACUUACCGUAAAUCCAAAGACGUAUAAGCCACUUAUCGAGAAAAGGAUAACGUCGGUAACGAUUCAUGCAAAUCCACUUGCUGGAUAGGUCAAUAAAAAGUAAGCUCGUGAGUAAUGAA